AUGCAAUUUGGUGCUUCAGUUGCACAGUUGUGGCCACCAUCUUGGCUUUUUCGACCUCACCCUGUGAACACCCCUGGAAGAGAAGAAUCACUCUUUCCAAUUCUGCUGAUCGAGGCAUGGACCACAACUUGCACGUUCCAAGCAGAACUGUUUCAUGAAGGACCAGAAAAAAUCCAAGGAUGUUGGCAGUGGCAGUGGGUAAACAGAGACUGGGAAAGGAAAGUGCUAGGAAGAUUUGAGAACAAGCUGGCAGACAGGCCAUGCAGAGGAGAAGGGGAGAGAGGAGCUCAGGGCAUUGGCCAUAAUACUUCCAAGUUUUCCCACAACAGCCCUGCAGGGAAGGUUGGGCUGAGAGAGCAUGAUUCACCCAAAGACAUCCCACAAGUUUCAGUGGCUGAAGGUGGACAAGCCCAUUGCCAUUACUAUUACUACAACUGCUGUGAUGAGGAUGAGGAUGAUGAUGAUGAUGAUGAUAUGAUUUUGCUGUUGAGGUCCAACACUUUCCAGAUCAUGGCAAUAUCUAAAGUAUUGUUGGUUUUAUACUUGCUCUUCUGCAAGACCCUCCAAAGCCUUCUUUCUCAUCACUGCUUAGCUAGAGGGCAAGGUUCUAUAAAGUGCUUGGGUACCGUAUGGACAGAACCAGCCCCAGUCAUUCAGAUGGGCCAAAAUUUUUCUAUAAAUUGUCACUGCAGGAAAAAAGACUGUCAAAAUGGGAAACUAUCUAUGCGCUUAAAUGACAUUGAUGUUGAGGACACUCUCUUGUCAGUUAUAAACCAAACUACAGUUCAGCUCAACCUUCAUGAUUAUAAUGAGCCCUUUUCCAGAGUUUCAUGCUUCCUUAAACGUUUCAAAGGCCUGCUGAUAUGUGGAACACAAUUUUGCAUGGGAUAUCUGCCUGACAAACCAGCCAAUUUAACGUGUAUUAAACCUGAGCAAUCAGAUAAUAUGGACUGCGCUUGGAACCCAGGAAGGGAAACACAUUUAACCACUAAGUACAUUCUAUAUGUGAAAAGUUUAUUCACAGAAGAGAAUAAAGCAUUUGACUCAAACAAUACCUCAGUUAUCCUUCCUGUGAAUCAACUACAGAAAAACCAAACAUUUUCCAUCUCAGUCCAUGCUGAAAAUUACCUGGGUGGAGUUCGUUCAGAGGAACUUCAUGUUGAUCUCAACACUAUAGUAACACCAGCUGUACCUGUUGUGGUUCAAAAUAAAACAGUGGAGUCUCCAGCAUUCAAGACUAUAGUACAGUGGAAAAGGCAAACAGCAGUCAAUGAGACGUAUUGUGAAGAGCGAUAUAAGGAGACAAUAAGUGAAACUUGGCAUGUGAGAGACUGGGAUGCUAAUUUAAGAGAUGAGCUUUACACGGAGUACAACUUAGAUGCAAAUACAAAGUAUGAGUUUCAAAUUAGAUGCAAAGUAACUCACCCCAGAAGUUUGUGGAGCAGAUGGAGUGAAUCUGCAGUAUAUAUUACUCCAGAGCAAGAACCAGCUGCAGUUCUUGAUGUAUGGAGAAAAUUCGGACCAACUUACCCCAAUGCUACCCAAGAGAUGACUAUCUUAAUCAAGCCGCUGUCUCCAAAGGAAAGCAGAGGAAGAAUUCUGAACUAUAGAGUAUUCUAUGAAAACCAAGGAGGACAGGUGGAUUUAUGUAAAACAACAGAAACAUUUUGCAAAGUGAUGGUGCCCCCAGCAGUGACCACUAUUUAUGUGACAGCACACAAUUCCAAAGGAAGUUCCAAACCUGCAAAUAUUAUAGUGAAACAACCACUUCACAAUUUCCAAGAUUUCCCACCACCUACCAAUAUGAAAAUAAUCACUGAUAAACAGAACGGAAUUUCUAUUACAUGGGAACCUCCUAUAACCACUGGAAAAACACUUCUAUGGUACAUAGUAGAAUGGAUUUCUGCAGACUUCAGUCAUUUUCAUCAUAGCAUUGCAUGGAAAAAAGUCCCUUUCCAAAAUGCAUCAACUUCUAUUGAAGAAAGCAUCAGAAUGGAAAAUAGCUCCACCAUUUCAGUAUAUGCUGUAUAUCAGAAAGGCAUCAGCCAAGCCAGCUCUGUCCAGACGAUGAGGCGACACCCGGUGCAAUGCGGCAGCGGCCCAGGGACCGGCGACAGCACCCCCAACCCCGUGGAAAGAGCCAACGGAUGCCCAGCAGGAGAGGAACCGAGCCUCAACGUUACCUGGGUGACCACCGGUGAGUCGCUAGCGGAAUGGGUCACCCUCGACGCAACGGGGGAAUCCCUGCCCGUGAUGGUCGGAGCGGCGUGGGAGCAAUGGCACGCACCCACAGCGAGCGGCGGAGAUCGCUGGCGGAGCGGGCAAGCUGCGGGAGGCGCCCCGGAGAACGCGUGCUGCGGAGCCACGGAAGCGCACCUGGCAAGGAUCAAGUGGCUACUCGUGGAACUAGCGCUGGAGUGCGGAGGCAGCGACCGGGGCAAUUAUGAUUACGAUACUGGGAUUCUGUUGGGAACUGGUGUUGGCGUGGCCUUCUUAUCAAUUUCUGUUUUGGCUUUGAUUACAAUUAAAUCAUGCAGGAAAAGGGUUAACAAAAUGGUUAGUUCAGUAACACCAAAAUGGCUUUUUGAAGAAUAUCCUAAGAUGCAAAACAGCAAAGUGAUCAAAUAUCUCCAGGAAAAAAAUGAUGCUGUGACACACAAUUUCUCCAGGCCAUUUUUGGAUUACGAGGAUGUCGUGGUAACUGAAGUUGAAGAAAUAUUGGUUCAGAAACACUAUGGGGUUGUGGGAGAGCAAAGGGGAAAAAGCGAAAUGGUUUCUGAGAAAGUUGAUAUUGGAGAAGAUGUGCCAUUUGCCAGCGAUUCAGGCGUGACUGAGAGAAAUGGCUACAAACCUCAGACUUCUAAUAAGGCACAAUUAGGAACUAAUUUCAGCACUACCAGUGAAAUACAUUUUCAGAGCUGGGAAACAAAAACAAACUCGCUAGCUCUGCCCGUAAGCAAUUUAAGAAAAGAUUAUACCAGUCCUGUGGCCCCCGUAUGGCCUAUUGUUGACACCAAUGAAAAUACGUCUUUAUUUGAUAAAAUCAACCUUGUUCUCAGGAAUAGUGGAAGUGGUCAGAGCAGGGUCAUCUCAACAGAUAAAGAUCCAGGUUCCCCUAGGACAAAGCAAUGGACGUUUCUGCUUUCAGAUGAAGAUAGUCAAGAACGGACUUUAAUACCAGAUAGUCUACUCUCUUGCUUAAAAACUGUAAAUGAAGACUCCCACAACAUGAUGUCUUAUUUUCCUCAAAACACUGUUUACUAUGAGGAUUGA